UGCUAUUACCCUACAGAAAUAUCUGGGAUUACCCAAUUCUUUUUCCUUCAUUCAGUCAGCUGACUUGGCAACUGCAGAAACCCAGGUGGUCCCUCUCAUCUGUAAUCUACUUCAAAAUCUUUCUGCAGUGACAUUUCAUCAUCGCCAUGUCUAAUAAUGAAGGAAAUGGGAAAGCUGAGAGCCAUGAGGUCACCGAAAAGGGACAACAGUGUGUCAUACAAAGGCUAACUGAUCUGCCCCUGGUCAGCAUUACCUGCGAGAUCCUUUCCACUACUUAUAACUCUGCGAAGGGGUCCCAUCCAGCUAUCAAUGCAGUCUGUGAUAUGGCAGAAGUUGGACUAAAGAAGAUUGCCUCCUCGGCAGUGAGCAGUGCACAGCCUGUCAUGAAUAAACUUGAACCUCAGAUCAUUUCAGCAAAUGCUUACGCCUGCCAGGGCCUUGACAAACUGCAAGAGACUCUGCCUGUUGUGCAGCAGACUAUUGAAAAGGUAGUGCUGAAUGCCAGAGGCCUUGUCCUGGGUGCCAAGGAUACGGUGUCAGGUCUAGCAGGUGGGGUCAAAGAGGCUGCCCAGGAGAAGAUGAAGGUGGCCUUGUCUGCAGUGGUGGUUGGCAUGAUCAUUGUGAUGGAGGGCAAUAUGAAGCAGAUGGUGACGAGUGGUAUUGACCACAUGAUAGAGACAUCUGUGGAGAUGAUAGAAUACUACCUGCCAGUAACAGAUGAAGAACUAGGCGAGACUAUUGCAGCUGCUUUUGUGGGGGAGAAUGUAUUUGGAACCAGGCAGAGGGCCUUCUCGGCAGUGGCACCCGCCCUGUGGAACGCCCUCCUCUGA